AUCUAUCGGCUAUCAUUUUAUCUUAGCUAAAUACAGCACGUUUUUCUGAUAUUGAUAGUUCAAAACCUCAUUCCAACAACAAAGCAUAUCCGUUCAGAGCUUGUUCCUUGGACAAAAAUGAAUCAGCAGCAGCAGCAGCAGCAGCAGCAGGAUGUGGUAUUUGAAGGGAAUUCCUGCGUGAAGAAGGUGACGUUGAACAGACCACGCAAAUUAAACAGCCUCACUUAUGGAAUGGUCUCUCAGAUGUUGAAGAAGUUGAAUGAGUUUGAGACGGAUCCCAGUGUCAAACUCGUGAUUUUGAAGGGAAACGGAAAAGCCUUCUGUUCUGGUGGGGAUAUUGUAGACCUUUAUGGACAUAGCCCUCCAGGGCAGUGGCGCUUGAAGGAGAGUUUCUACAAGAAACAACUCAUCAUUGACUAUUUGCUUGCUACCUAUAAGAAGCCCCUGGUUGCCCUUAUCAAUGGAAUUGUAAUGGGAGGUGGAGCGGGACUGUCAAUGCAUGCAAAGUUCAAGAUUGUGACAGAGAAUACUGUAUUUGCUAUGCCAGAAGUAGCCAUAGGACAUGUUCCUGAUGUUGGUGCGUCACAUUUCCUUUCUAGACUUCCUGGAUAUUUUGGGGAAUAUUUAGGACUUACUGGAACCCGGUUAAGAGGAGCUGAUAUGAUUGCUUGUGAACUCGCUACUCAUUUUCUCCUCUCCAAGGAUCUUCAUUUGUUGGAAAAUGCAUUAGACAAGGUGACUUCUUCAGAUACCGCUGCAAUUUCUCAGCUUCUCAGCAAAUUUACACUCGGAAAAAAUGAUUUGAAAGAACAGAGUGCUUAUUACACAAGCAGGUUGCCGAUUAUCAACAAAUGUUUCUCUCGAGAAACUGUUGAAGACAUAUUGUUGGCACUCGAGAAGCAGGCAGAAAUUGGAAAGGAAAAGUGGGUGGUUGAUGCAAUAAAUUCUCUGAAGUCAACUUGCCCAACAAGCCUCAAAAUUUGUCUUCGAUCGUUAAGGGAAGGUCGAUGGCAGAGCCUUGAGCAAUGCUUGGCUCGUGAUUAUACAAUUUCUUAUCGAACAGCAGCGAGCCAUGAUUUCUAUGAGGGGGUAAGAGCAAUGCUAUUUGACAAAGACAAAAACCCCAAGUGGCAGCCUUCAAAAUUAGAGCUAGUGACCGAAGAAAUGAUAGAUCAGUAUUUCGUGGAAGUGAAGGACGACAAGUCGGAACCACUGCGACUUCCUCCAAGAUCCAAUUCAAUUGUUGCUGCCACUUCCAAACUGUAAGCCUCACCUGCACAAGGGAAACUGGUCUCAUGAGUUCUUUUGUUGCCCUUAUCGUAUGCAUGUCUUGAGAAAUAAACCUUCAUCAGUUUGUUAAUUUCCAUAAAAUUAAACUGAUAACACUAUGUACACCCA